AUGUUACAUGACUCACGUAUACCGAUUCCAAGCAAACCGCCAGUGAGCAAGGAAAAUACAACUAAACUAAUCACAUCACUCAACACAACCAAAAAGAAAUCAAUUUGCCAACAAGCAUACCUACAAGGCUUUUUGGAAAUCACCAACGAUACAGACCCCCAACUACUACUUUUCACUGAUGGAUCGCGAAAAACUUUUUCCGAAAUUACCAAAAACACACCCAAUCAAACAACAACAACAACAACAAUCAAUUCAUCCGCUCAUGAUCUACAUCCACAAAAAUCAACCACAAAAACAACAAUAGAACGCAAAACAAAUAGUGAAUCUUGCAUCAAUAUAAAUGAGAUAAAUGAAAAUUCGAACGUUCAACCAAAUAUUUUAAAUAAUCAAACAAAACAAAUCAAUGAAACAGCUGUCAACAAUGCAACUUAUACGGAGGAAACAAAUUCCGAAAUGGUUGAUCUAACUUCCCUAGCAUCCCAAAGAUAUUUGCCACAAUGUGCAUCAAUAUCACCCACAUCUCAUUUGUUUAAGAAAUAUCCAGAAAUUAAAGUUACAGAGUAUUUUUCCACAAUAAAGACUACACCACUUCAAAAUCUGGAAUCGCAAUAUUCGCAAUACAAUAUGAACGUUACUCAAUAUGAAGCAUCGCAAAAUAAUCUAUUACACCAAACAAUCACAAUAAAUAAUGGAACGAACCUGUAUGUAACUAAUAUUUACAAAGAAACAGAUGUCAGCUUAACAACGGAUAUGGUGGAAGAGAUAUUUAACAAUCAGCCAAACGCACAAACUGGUCGAAAGGAAGGUCAUCAAAUAAUAUGUGGAGAUCUAAAUGCGCACAAUACAUUAUGGGGCUCGUCUAGUUGUAAAAUUAAAGCUCUUCGUGCAAAAACAAAUACGUACAUCAAGACACCUGUGCGCGGGGAAGAGCCUGUUUUUGUGGUGACAGGUCGUAAAGAAGAUGUAGCCAAAGCUAAGCGCGAGAUACUGUCUGCGGCAGAACAUUUCAGUUUGAUCCGUGCAACUCGAAAGCCAUCCGUUGAUAGUAAUUUAAGCGCUACGGUUAACAGUAGUAUUGAUGGCAGCAAUUGUAAUGCAAAUAGUUUCGGAAAGGCGCCGCCUGGCCCACCAUCUAUACCGGGACAGAUGACUAUACAAGUACGAGUACCAUAUCGGGUGGUUGGGUUGGUAGUAGGCCCUAAAGGAGCAACCAUUAAGCACAUUCAACAUCAGACUCAAACCUAUAUUGUUACACCUUCCCGUGAGAAAGAACCGAUAUUUGAAGUAACUGGCUUACCGGACAACGUACAGUCUGCACGUAAACAAAUCGAAGCCCAUAUUGCGCUACGUACCGGUCAUAUGCCUCCUACCGGUAGUAACUCUAACGCUUUAGCUGCUCCAAUAAGCUCUUCAAAUGAAUCACUGGCUGUACAUAGCCUAAAUGUUUUAAGUCAGAUCUUAAACGAUCCCUCUAUAGAUUCUGAUUUACUUGUUUCACUUUAUAAAGCUGACACACUGAGAUCUGCAUUUGAUUACGCUGAUGAAAAUUGUGAACUUAGUGCUAAUAAAGCAGGAAAUAUGAAAGGUUUUGAUGCACAGGAUAAUAAUAAGCUAAAUUUUAAAAUGGGCUGCCAGGAUAGCGCUUCUGUUGAGAAACAGUCAUAUAUGGCUCUACUGCAUUCUGAAAACCCUCAGUUGCGAGAUAUGCGCAACACAUCACAUCAAACUAACGAAUUCGUGAAUUGUUUGAGCAACAGUUGUAAUAAUCUCAAACAAAUAAAAAGUGAUCAAGAGUCUGACUUACUUACUGACGUAGACCAUAUUCAUCACGUGCAGCAGAAACAACCUUUAUAUCCAUCAUCACAGCCAAUACUUAGUUUAAGCCAUCAGCUGCAACCAGUAUCCUCGUUAUCAUCACUUCCCCCUUUACAAAAUCAUGCACCAUUUGUUGGUAACGUAGGAUCGUAUACGCAAACAUUGAAUUUUGUUAACAAUGCUGCAACCGUAAGUUACAAAUCUCAAAAUACUACAGCGGCAAUUAAUAACACAAGUACAGGUGCUUUGCCAAUUCUACGAAAUGGUACUCAUACCAGCAAUGGCAUGGCACGGUCUUGUUCAUCCGCUUCCUCGACUGCGUCAUCAAAAAGCGCCAACAACAGUGGUGGGAGUGGUAGUAGCAGUCGGCCAGAACUCAGUAACAUUUGGAAAAAUUUAGGCGACUCUCUUGAUGUAGAUGAAGGGAUCGGUGAUUCGCCCAACAUUUGGACUUUGCCUACGCCAUUGAUACCAUUGACAGGAUCUCAUUGUUCGCCAUCGACUUCAAUUAGUCCGACUGACUCACUUUUGGGUGAAAUAUCCGCACCACAUACUUCUCAUCAAAACAACGUUGGCAUUAGCAAUUUAAUAAAUGAAUCUCAUGAACCGAUUAGUAAGAAAAAAUUAUUGCAACAAAACCAUACAAAAAAUGGCGAUGCAGUUCAAGCGCUUGUUAAUAGCUCCGCAAUCCAACGGCGUGAUUGUUUGGUAUGUAAUAGCAAAGAAAUAACUGCUGUAUUGGUGCCAUGUGGCCAUAAUAUGUUUUGUAUGGAAUGCGCUAAUCGCAUUUGCGAAUUAGGCGAUGCAGUUUGCCCCGUUUGCAGUUUAAACGUCUAUCAUGCUAUGCGCAUAUUAGCAUAAAAAAUUGCGCGAAUUAAAAAAAUACCGGGACGUUGCAAUGACCCAAAUUGAGAACUCUUUACUCAAGAGACAACUUAUGCAAAGCGAAACUUGAAGAGAUAUAAGAAAAAUUAUAUGUAACGUUCCAGUCAUAGCGCUCAUCAUUGUCGACUCAGCAUUUAAAUUUUCUAUACUACUAAUGAAGCCAUAUCCGUUUUCCAUGGAGCAAGACGGCUGGAAGAAAAAAUUUAAUUAUGUAUUAUCUAAAGCCAGAAGGGUAGUUGAGAACGCUUUCGGCCAUUUGAUAGCGCGGUUUCGAAAAAUUGGAAAAGGGAUAGAUAACAAAAUUUACAAUUCGAAAUUGAUAAUUAAAGCAUGUUGUGCCAUCCAUAAUUUCCUUAUUAACCGUAACGAUGAGAUCAGUAAUAUUUGGAGGCUGGCUCAGCAGAGAAUUGAUGAUAGCCAUCAUACUUAUGAAGAUAAUUGGAUAUUAAAUGACUUCCGAGUGUUCUGCAGAAGAAAUAUGGCAUGCACUCUCUCUUACCUUGAUUUAAAAAGUUCAACUUAAGUAAUACAACAACAUAAUACAUAGACAUGAACAUGGACUUAAAUAGUAUAUAUGAUAACACGUCGGAUAAUAUACCGAUCACCAAGAGAGAUCUCAAAAACUUGAAACAAAAAAUGUUGAUGAAUUGACAAAAACAGAGAGAAAAAUAUUGUCUGGUAUGUACGUAAGGGGUGAUCCAUCUAGACCUUUAUUUUAUUUUAAAUAAAACACUUCAAACAGAACUGGAUGUGUGACUCUUUAUUAUCACCCAAACGAGAUGUUUUGUGAACUAGAGUAGCCUAACUAACAUUUGGAAAGAACUCUAAUAAUAUUAUAAUUGGCUCGUGUCUCUAAAACAUGUCUAAUCAAUUUCUAAUCCUUACCAUAUUAAGUAGUAAGCAUUAGACAUGGAUUAGACAAGAAUUACAGUCAUGAGAGACUUAACCGUAGUAAGAUUUUUGUUUUAUUGUGUCGUUAUUGUGGAGUACGAUCGAUAUCUACAAGUAUAAAUAUUGUAUAUCUCUGUAGAAUUAAAUCACAAUUAAAAAACGGUGAAGAAGACUCCUACUCGCAUUUUGGAAGAAACGAAAGUAAGAAGGCAGAACCAUACAGAAAGGAAAGUGGCCACCAGUCUUCCAAAACAACCGUAUACCAGUCUCGAAGAAUUCAAAGCAUUUGAAAAAGAAAACCAAGAACAUCACUCCAAAUUUAAUAGCCUGAUAAUAUUUUAUUUUAAUUGGUCUGAUAUAACUUGGAAAUUAAGUAAUCGAUAAUCCAUUUUUUCAGAUGGCUGACUUUUCAUUAGUGUUUUCACAAUCUGCGGAAAAGUUUGUAAAAGCUGCCAGGCGAAAAAUAUUAUCUGAUGGGGCCGCUCAGCAUUUAUCUUGGAAGGGCACAGAAACCAGAAUGUCAGCUAGAUCACUGAGUGUGACAACGGCUUUAAAAAGCUCAUUUUCGAGAAAAUAUCCACAUAGUUCGGACAGCGAAUUCGGACGAACUAGUAUUUCCUUUUUCCAACAUGCAAAAACUAGUUUUCUCAAGAAAAAAAAUUACAAAACCAGGAAGACUGUGUAAUAUGUAAACAAAUAUUUAUGUUUUAGUUGUAUGAAAUGCGUUUUUUUAGUUUUAAACGUUAUUUAAGUUAACUUCUUUAUUAUGUUCUGAAGAAUUUAUUUUAAAUGUUGAAAGACUGAGAAAUAGCCUUAGCAAUUCAGCAGCUGUAUAACUAUAGAAAUUAUUUUAUCUUUCGUUUGACACUUAUGUAUGUACAUCGUGAAGAAAACAUAAAUAUAAAAUAUACAUACAUUCCACAUAAUAAAUUUUAUUUCCACAAUUGAAGUACAAUUGAUAAAUGACCUUUGAAAUUGAUUUGAGAAUUAACCAUAUUCUAGAAUGGAGAUCAAACUCCCCUCUUUUUGUUGAGAAAGCUGUAAUUUUCAAAUCAAUAUCAAAUCAUUUUCAAACGUUUGACAUUUGAGAAACGGCUUUAGGAUUUUUUAGUUUUAAAUGUUACUUUAGUUAAC